AACUUGGACCUGAUCACCCAUCAACUACCACAACAUCUUCUUUCUGCAAACCAGUUCUUCCUGCGACGGUGCUCUCCUUUUACGUGCUGUAAGAAGCAAGCAAGCAACUAGGAGGCUAGGAGCUAGCUAGCCAGCCAGGUGAAGAGAGCAUGGCAAGCUACCACCGGGUCCACCCGGUGAUCGUCGACGGCUCGCCGCUCCCUGCGCCGGAGCAGAACAAGGACAAGCUGCCACCGCCACCAAACGCCGACUAUGGUGACCGGCUGCCGAUCACCGCACCUGCGCCGGGCGCUCCGGCACCGCUGCGUGCGCCGCGGAGGAAGAGACACAGCCGGUGCUGCAGGUGCGUGUGCUGCACGCUGCUGGUGGUGAUCGUGCUCGUGGUCGCACUGGGCGCCACGGCGGGGAUCCUGUACGCCGUGUUCAGGCCCAAGAUCCCCACGUUCCGCGUGGAGCGGCUCACGGCCACCCGGUUCGACGUGAACACCACGUCCAUGACCUUGAGGGACGCGUUCGAGGUCCAGGUGACGGCCGAGAACCCGAACCGGCGCAUCGGGGUGUACUACGACGGCGGCUGGGUGUCCGCGUCGUUCAAUGGCACGGAGCUGUGCCGUGGCGCGUUCCCGGCGCUCUACCAGGGCCACCGCAGCACGGUGCGGCCGCUGAUCACGCUCGAGGGGGAGACCAGGCUCGACAGCGCCGUGGCCGCGCAGCUGCUGCAGCAGCGGCAGGCCGGGUUCGUGCCGCUCACGGUCAUCGCGCACGUCCCCAUCCGCAUCAAGUUUGGUGCCCUCAAGCUUUGGAAGAUGACGGGGAAGGCCCGGUGUAGGCUGGUGGUGGACAACCUCGAGGCUGGGAGACGGCUCCGCAUCCGGUCCAACAGCUGCAGCUUCAAGCUCAAGCCUUAGAUCAUUCACAACCCGUUUCAGCCGUGCACGGAUUGUGCAUACUUGUCUUGUAUGCAGGAUUACCGUGGUCUCGUCCCCAUUUCUGUCGAUCUAUGUUGCUUGAGAUCGGCAGACGGUAGAGAGAUGGGUAGUGCUGUAAAUUUAUUGUUUAUUUUGGCUUGUAUUCAUUAUUCUUAGUGAAAUAAGAUCCGAGGUGUAUUCAUUUGCUACGAAUUCCUCCGGAGAAGGUAAUAAAGAGGACAUGUUAUGUUA